AAAAAAGAAACGACUCAGUAUACUAAAACCACGUGCUUACCUGUGGUAAAAUGGCCGCCAGCAUCAAAGCGUUGAGGACGUUUCCCCAGUUUAUCUCGCGAGUCAAUACUGCUAGGAUACACACUGGGGGACUGGCCAUGGCGGGAGGAAACUGGAGAGAAAAGAUGGGUAUGUCUCGUACUGGUACAUCAUAUGGUCCAUUGACUGAUAUUCCUGACUGGUCUUAUGUAGAUGGUCGUCCCUCUCCAGUGACUAGCAAGAGACAGACUAAAAGAAAACUGAGAUUAAACUUUUUAAAUAAACGUGUAAAGACACUGCUGAAGGAAGUUGAUCUGGCAAAGCUUGAGUCAAAGACAAAGAGAAGAGUACAACCAGGAGGAGGAGGAGAGAAGAGAAGGAGAAAGAACUUAGAGGAGAAGGGAGUGAACAAUAAUAGCUGACUGUAAAUUGAUAACAUUGUUAUGUUCAUGUAGCUACGUUAGUAUGAAAUGAACAUUGAACAUUUAUAAGUUCAGUAUAAUAACAA